AUGCGUCACAAGAAAUCAGGCCUUCAGAUCCCACAACCACCACCACCCUCCUAUUCCCAUUCAAAAACCCCUUGUCAAAAACCCAUUCUUCACCCACCACCAGAUUACGAUGAACAACUCCUCCCUUUCAAGAAAAACCACCCAUCAAAGGACCUCAUGAAUCCCCACCACCACCGCAACACUAACACCUCUUUAAGCUGUUGUUCAUCUUCUGAACCCCUUUUAGCCACCAAAGCAAUUGCUUUGAAACUGCUGCUCAACCUUGGUCAUGGGAAGAAGCUCUUUUGGAUGAAAGCCCCUUCAAGGCUUUUCAUCCUUCUCUCUUUGCCUUCCAUCUACUACUUUUCUUUAAACCAUCGUCAAUCUUUGUAUCUUUAUAUACUCUUCUUAAUGACCCUUUGCGUCCUUAUUUUAUCUUUUCUUAACCUUCCAUCAAUCCUGGCCCCAGUUUUGAACAUAGGUAGUAAUGCAUCAAAGACACGCCCCCCAGUUGUUUGGUCGAUUGGCUCAAAGAACAGGACCCAGGAAAGUACAAUUUCUGGGUUCUUGGUCAAGGUUUACAGCAAUGGAGAUGUUUAUGAGGGUGAGUUCUAUAAAGGCAAAUGUUCUGGAAGUGGGGUGUAUUACUAUAACAUGAAUGGGAGAUAUGAAGGUGAUUGGGUUGAUCAAAAGUAUGAUGGUUAUGGUGUUGAAACUUGGGCCAAAGGAAGCAGGUAUAGAGGCCAAUAUAGGCAAGGGCUGAGGCAUGGAUAUGGGGUUUAUAGAUUUUACACUGGGGAUAUGUAUGCUGGAGAAUGGAUCAAGGGUCAGUGUCAUGGCCAUGGGGUUCAUACUUGUGAGGAUGGGAGCAAGUAUUUUGGGGUGUUCAAAGGGGGUGUGAAACAUGGGCUAGGUCACUACCAUUUCAGAAACGGGGACAUGUACGGUGGGGAGUAUUUUGCAGACAGAAUGCAUGGUUUUGGUGUGUACCAUUUUGCAAAUGGACAUCGAUAUGAAGGAGGUUGGCAUGAAGGAAGAAGGCAAGGAUUUGGUAUGUAUACUUUCAGAAAUGGCGAGACUCAAUCCGGUCACUGGGAAGAUGCUGUUCUCAGCAUUUCAACUCCUCAAGACAAUGCCAAAGUUGUGAAAGCAAUCCAGGAAGCUAGACGUAUAUGUAAGAAUGCUGUUGGUGCUGCGAAUGUGGAGGUGAAGGUGAAGAGGGCGGUGGCAGCGGCUAACAGGGCCGCCAAUGCAGCAAGAGUGGCGGCGGUUAAGGCGGUCCAGAGCCGUGUGCACCGCCAGCAUGCAUGA